GAACUGCACUUCCCAGCAUGCCCUGCUACACCUGCGCUUGAGUACCGGAGCUACCCCGCCAGCGAGCGGGUUGGUUUGAAGUGCAGUGUUAGUUCCAUGGAAACCGGCCUGCUUGCAGCAGGACACCGCCAUCAGCGGGCAGAUGGACUCCGGGGAGCGUAUGGAAACUACAAUACGUAGGCCAAUCCUCUCUCCAACCCACAUCAACUCUACAGCUUCUGAAACAUUCACAGUGCUUCAGCAAAGGAUGAGAAUAGUAGAAGAACAGACCAGUUCUCUGAGGGAUGACUUAAUUAUGUUGAACUAUGGUGAAAAAAGAGGCCAUUUGGAACCUCCAAAGGGUUUAGAAGAGCUUUCCAGCCAGAAACUCUUUGGUCCUAUCAAGAAUGAAGUAAUUUGUUCAGGAAAAACAGAUUUUUUAUGGAAGAACUGUGAGUUUCUGGUAAAUCGAAUGUGCCAUCUGGAAAGCCUCAUUCAGUCCUUGAAGAUGAAUAUCUUUCGCAUGCAAACUGAAAAGGAUUUGAAUCCACAGAAAACAGCUUUUCUCAAGGAUCGAUUGAACACAAUUCAGGAGGAACAUUCUAAGGACCUGAAGCUGUUGCAUCUUGAAGUGAUGAACUUGCGCCAACAACUGAAAGAUGUAAGAGAGGAAGAGGACAAGGCACAAGAUGAAGUGCAGAGUUUGACUGCCCCUGUGGAAGUUGCCUCAGAGACAAAGGAUACUGCAGCUAUUAUUGAAGAGGAACUGAAGACCACAAAACGUAAAAUGAACCUUAAAAUUCAGGAGCUAAGGAGACAACUGGCUCAGGAGAAGCACUUCAGGGAAUCUCUUGAGAAAUCUGAAUCAGUCAUGCUACUCAAAAUACAGGAAAUGGGAUCAACAGUGGAAGAAGAACGGAAACAGGUGCACAUUUUGCAGCAAAACUGUGUUGCCUUACGCAGUUCUAUACAGGCCACCCAAGAACUACUGGCACAGGAGCAACAGAAAAAAGAAGAGUUGGAGAUGGCUAUCUCACAGCUCAAGUCUGAUCUAAUUUCUAGAGAUGACCUCAUUUCCAAGUUGGUCGAAGACAAUAAGAACAUGCAAAUGUCUUUCAACAAGGAACAUGAAGAAAACACAUAUUUGAAGUCUGAAAUAUUAUCCCUUCAUGAAGCAUCAGCAAAAACACAGGUUUCAAAUGACCAACUGAGUAGAAAGUGCUCAGAGCUAAGCAGUAUGCUUCAGAAUGCUACUGUGGAAAAUGCCAAGAUUAUUGCUGACCACCAAGCCAUUCUGCAGGUAGAGCAAAAAAUGAUGACGCAGACAUUUCAAGAACAGAACUUACUGCUGGAUGCAGCCCAUGCCAGCAUCACAAAUGAACUAUACACAGUUCAGAAUGAAAAAACCCAACUCCAAACACAUCUGGACCAUUUAAUCCUUGAGCAUAACCAGUGUAUCCAGAAAGCACAGGAUGCUGAGAAAAGAACAGCUGCACAAAAAGAGCUUCUAGAAUCAACUAUUACAAGAUUGCGAGGUGAACUGGAAGCAUCAAUACAAGAGAAGAAGUGUCUGCUAGAGGAGAAUGAAAGAUUUCAGAAAGAGGUUAAUAAAACUGAAAAAGAAAUAGCACAAGAGAAAAGCAAUUGGGAAAAGGAAUUAGCUAAAAACAAGGCAGACAUAAAUGCAUUAAACCAAAAUCUGCAGGCAUUAGUAGAAGAAAAUAAGAACCUGGCAGAUCAAAUAGCUUCUCUGGAACUUCAGCGAGCCACUUCUGAAUACCAUGGGCUUGCUGAGCAAAAGGUGGAAAAUGUCUUGGGAAAAAUUACUGAGAGUAAAAAUAAACUGGCCUAUGAAAAGGGAAAACUCCAGGCAAAAGUUAAACAGCUAGAAGAACAACUUCAGUGUUUUACUGAAACCAGUUUACAGAAUGAACAUCUACGCAAGCUGAAUAAGGCUCUAGAGGCCAAAUAUGCUCAUGUGAAAUCCAUUCUUGAAAAAAAUGAAGAAGAGCUAUCUCAAGCAGUGAAGUGUCGAGAUACAGCCCUGCAAGAGAGUCAUAAGUUGAAAGGGAACUUGGAGGCUUUGGAGGAUAGGGAAAAUAAGAAGGUAGGAAACUUUCAGCGACAAUUAGCAGAGGCUAAAGAAGACAACUGCAAAGUUACAAUCAUGUUGGAAAAUGUGCUGGCUUCUCAUAGUAAGAUGCAAGGUGCUUUAGAGAAAGUACAGAUAGAGCUUGGGCGAAGGGAUUCAGAGAUUGCAGGCCUCAAGAAAGAAAGGGCUCUAAAUCAACAGAGGGUGCAGAAGCUAGAAGCUGAAGUGGACCAGUGGCAGGCCAGAAUGCUUGUUAUGGAUGCACAGCACAGCAGUGAGAUGGAGCCUCUACACAAAGCUCUAGAAAUAGCAAGAGAAGACAACAGGAAAUUGGCCUUGAGCCUGGAGCAAGCUCUUCAGACAAAUAAUCAUCUGCAAUGUAAGCUAGAUCACAUUCAAGAAAAAUUGGAAAAAAAAGAACUUGAGCGGCAGAAUUUGGAAACCUUCAAAGAACAUAUGGCUGAGGAGUCCAAAGUAGAAGCAGAGUUGCAUGCUGAACGCAUAGAAACUCUAAAAAAACAGUUUCAAACUGAGAGAGACACUGCAAAGAAGGCAGCACAACGGGAAAGUACUGAGCUGAAGAAAGCCCUUGAUGAAGCCAACUUCAGAUCAGUGGAGGUAUCCCGAACCAACAGAGAGCUGCGGCAGAAACUUGCAGAGCUGGAAAAAACACUGAACAGUAACAAGGAGAAAAUAAAGAAUCAAAAGGCCCAAAUAAAACUCCACUUAUCCACUAAGAUGAAUAAUGCUCAGAAUGUAGAGAGAAUGAAGCAAAUAGAAACAGAAUUGAGGCAAAUGGAGCUAAUUAAGGAUCAAUAUCAGAAAAAAAACUAUGAACAGUCAUUGAGUAUCCAGAGAUUCGUAUCUGAAAUGAGUAACCUGCAGAAAGAGAUGCAGCUGUUAGCCAAGAGCCAAUAUGAAACUUCAGCACGGAAUAAACAGCAAGAGCUGCGACUAAUAGCAGAGCAGAAAAUGAGGCAGGAAUUAGAAAAUCGGUGUCAGGAAUUGGGAGAAACUGUUAGACACCUGAAGAAAUGUAAAGAGGCAACAGAGAACAAAUUGAAAGAAGCCAGUGUGGAAUCAGAACAGAUAACAGCUAACCUGCAAGAAGCUCACCGCUGGUUUCAGUGCAAGUUUGAUGGCCUGCAACUUGAAUUGACAAAAAAUCGGUUGCAGAGGCUUCCCCGGGAAGACAUAUGGCUAGAAGAGGAUCAAGAUACAAGACAUGAUUUUUCUAAUCAGUCUGCUCUGCAUCGAUGGGAGGCUAAACAGAAUCUUGGAUUCAUGCCCAAGAAGUAUCAUUCUGAGGUAGAGAGGAAGUGAUGUCCUUGACAAAGGAACUUCUUCAUGUGCAGCUACACCUCCAUGAUUCUGCAAGCCACACAACUAGGGCUGGCCUGUUUGUACAGUCAUAAGAAUGUGAAGUCUUUGAUGUGGGCUGAAGAUUUUGGACCUUAGUUAAUGUUUUACAAACCUUUAUAAUCACUACAGAACCACCCUAUCUUUGUCCCUUUCCCUAUUUUCCACCCAAUAAAUUUAGUUUAUUGUAUAAUAGGAAAUGCCAUUGCAUGAUAUUUGGCUAUUUCUUAUUACAUUCUAUCAAAAAGUAUUUAGUGAGGUGUUAAAUGAUAUAAUACUUUGAGUCAGUACUAGUCUCAUAUCCAGUAGAUCAUUCCUGGAAAAAGUCACCUGGAAAAUGGUAAAAACUCUUCCAUUGCUUUAUAAACAUGUACAUUUCUAUACUGAGUAAUCACCAGUGUUGUCUUUAAUAAGACUAAUACCUAUGUUCUUAAAUAACAUAUCUCAAAGUUUAUAUUUACAACUUCCUAGAUCAUUAAAAGAAAGCUUUUUAAAAAGCAUGUCAGUAUGCUCCAUUUAAGGAAACUGCCUGAUCAAUGUAGAUUUCCCUUACAAUAUUAAUUAAUAAGUUGAACUUUGUCAGAUAUUGAGUGCUGGAUUAGGUGAUGCAGACCUAAGGUAUAUAAUGAGUUGGUAUAAUGCCUAUUUUAAUAUUUAAGUAAUGGUAGCUGCUGAUAUGAAGACCUAAAUGAAGUUUAUGAUUAUGUAAUUUGGUGGAAAUUAGUUUGUUAUAUAAUACAAUUAUAUAUUUGAUGGAAAUAUCAAAUGUAAGACUGUCAAAGGUUGAAGAGCCCACCACUCACUACCUGAAACAAAAGGGUAAAACUUAAUGUACUGUUUACUGUAUAGUAAAAGAGAGAACUAUGUUAUUCAGGCCUAUUUCCUCCCAGAGCAGAGCACACUGUUUAUCUCAUACAGGAUUGGGAGGAACAUGGAAUUCAAGGAUUUGAAGACUUUCAGAAGCUUGGGUAGGUUCUACUAUCUAUAGAUGUAUACUUGGUUAGGUGAUACUAUUGUUCAUUGAAUGGGCAUUCAGAGCCAUGUUUGUCUGACUUUCAGAAGUGAGAGACUGCAUUGUUCAGCCAUGUAAAAGCAUAUACACUAGAGCAAGUUGUCACUGAUCUAAUGGACAAGUUUAAAAUUGGUGUUGAUAACUGCUUGUUACCAUGGCUUUCAAACAAUCAAUCUCUUCCCAGAAGGUGGGAACAUUUUAUUCUUUGUUCUCCCUUUUGGUCUUCAUAUCCCAGGACAGCAGCUCCAUAGAAGCAUUUCAGACUGAACAACAAACAUUAAACAACUAUUUUCUAACCUCUCUGGUUAGAAAAAAAAUUGUGACUAUUUAAUUAUUUAUAAUUACUUUGAUGCUAUGGUGUGAAUGUGUCCCCUCCAGAAUUCAUGUUGCAAUUUAAUCCUCAUUGGGGUGGUAUUAAGAGAUGGGGCCUUUGGGAAAAUGGUUAAGUAAUGAGGGCAUAACCCUCAUGAAAAGGCUGGAGGUAAUUAGCAUAGUUCUUUUUUGCCUUUCUACCUUCCCCCAUAUAAUGACAGAGCAUUGAGCCCUUACAGAGGACAUCAGCAACAAGGCACCAUCUUGGAAGCAGGGAAUAGGAUUCUUACCAGAUGCCUAACCUGCCAACACCAUGUUUUUGGACUUCCAAGGCUGCAAAACUGUGAGAAAUAAAUUUCUGGUUUUUAUAAAUUUAUAUUCUCAGGUAUUUUGUUUAAAGCAAGCAAAAAUUAACUGAGACAUUUAUUGAAGGGCUUUUAACUUAUUUGCUACAUCUCCAGGGCGUGGGUUCUGUUGUUUACUGGGUCAGCCAUAAUGAUUGAACAUAUUUUUGAUGAUCUCCUUAAGUUGUUGAAUUCCUAUUAACAUCCAAAGGAUUCAUUACUCAAAAAGAGAUCUGUUUCUUUGGAUUCUUUAUCUUAUCUUUUAUAUAUCUUAAGGAGAUAGAAUCAGUUGAGGCUAUUGGGGAGAAAUGGUCUUGAAACAGUCUAGCCAAAAGUCCAAUAGAAAAAUUAGCCUUGGUCCUGGCUAUUGAUACUGAAAGCCUUGAUCCUGAAUUUCAUAAAGGAAAAAAGAUCCCAUUUACCACACAAGAGAGAUGAUCACUGUAAAUGGAUUGUAAACACAUUGCUAUGAUUAUUGUCAUGAUGGUCAUAUAUAUAUGCCAAUAAUAUAUAUAUCCUCAUCCAGAACAAGGACAUUUUUCCUCAUUUAUUGUCAUCAAACAGUAUCAUUAUUGAUAAACUUAUUGUAACAUCCUUUUGUUUAAUUUUUUUUUUAGAUUGGCUAUUAAUAGCUUGGGAGAAAGAAAUUAUAGUAGAUUGAUGAUCAUUACUAGUGAAACUUAUAGUUGUUAUUAGUAAGGGAGACAUGAAAACUAAAUCUCAGAACUAUAUAACCCUAAAUCACUAAAGAGCAGAGUAAAAUAAUAUGACCAGAAGAAUAUGUGAAAGAGAGUAUGAUGAGGAUAUGUAAGAGAAUAGGACAAAAGAAUCCUGUUCCGACCGUCUCAGGCACCUGCUUGUUCUAAGGAUCUUAGGUUAGCAGUCACAUGCUAUAGAUCAUCUGCUUCUGGAAGUUUUUUGGAGAACUUUGAGUUCUCUAGUACAUAUAACUUUCUAAUUCUAUUAUGACCUUUUCUGUUUUUCUAGAGGAUUGAGAGUAAUGUGGACAAUGGGGGAUCCCAAUUAAAGGGCAAAGUUUAGAUAAUCCAAAUCAUGAAUAACAGUUCUAACUUAAUGUGUUCCUCCCUAUAUCAUUAGAUAGAGCAUCUUUGGCAGGAAGCACAAAAUCCAAACAUUUUUUCUCCAUUGUUAGUGCUUCAGCUUCUUGACAGACAAAUGCUCUGUCCAUCCAGAGAAAACAAAUGCCAUUAUUAAUAUGUAUUUGUAACACUUAGAAUGAAGCAAUAAAGAUUUUAAGUAAGUAUCUAUUUGAAGUUUAACUAGUUUUAAUCUAGUUUUACUAGAUCUUUUUUUUAAAUAGGAAUAUUUUUUAUUUUAUUUUAUUUAGUUGUUGAUGGACCUUUAUUUUAUGCACUGCUGAGAUUUGAACCCUGUGUCUCACACAUGCUGGGCAAGUACUCUGCCAGUGAGCCCAACCCCAGCCCGGUUUUACUAGAUCUUAUCCUCAAGGAUCUCCUAAAAUUUGGCAGUGGGAAAGAUUUAGUGGGUUUAAGACAGAUUUCUGGAACCUCUCCAUAGAUAUUUUUAUUUUGUUGUUGAUGUCCUAUAAACUGUCUUUGAAUAAGGACUUUAGUUAGAGUACCCUACGCAGAGUGAUCCCUGAGAGUAGGUGAAUAAAUAAGGUGAAUACUACAAUUGCCCUGGCGGCACAUCAAGGAGAAGUUAAGGUGGAGCCUAGCAGGUCCCUUGAGCUAAAGAGCUAUAGCUGAGAGUCCAAAGUCAAAGACAGCUGAGAUUCUAGUACAGAGUACCAGAAAGCAGAAAAUUGCACAGAAGGAAUAUUUCAGACAUCUAUAGGGGCUGAGUACUGGUUAUCAUAUGCAUGUGGGAAAACUACCCAAAGCUGGAGAAAGAAUCUUCCAAAAGAGGUAGAGGUAACAGUACCUGGCACAUAAAAGUAGUGCCAGUUCCCACUAGCCAGAAUUAGAAACCUCAUGAUUUUCUGGGCAUUCAGUAGAGUAUACAAAAGGAUCCAUCUUAUCUCCUUAGUAGAGACUAUUUAGACCUAAUGUGAUUACCACUAUAGUCCUACCUAACGAAUCUUAAAAGUAAGACCCAAUGAUCUGUUUCCAAAUGACUGUGUUCCCAGAAUAAAGCUUUAAGAAUAUUUGUAGGAAUACAAAAAUAUAUGGUACCCAAUAAGGUAAAAUCAGAGUGCCUGGAAUUCAUCCAUAAUUAUCAGGCAUGCAAAGAAACAGGAAAAUAUGACUCCUAAUGAGAUGUCAAUCGGAAUUGACCCAGAACCAACAGAUAUUAGAAUUGGCAGACAAGGAUGUUAAAAAAUUAUAACUGUAUAUGUUCAAAAAGUUAGUAUACUAGUAGAUGGUAAUAUGAGAAUGAUGACAAUUCAUAAUUAUGUAAUUAACUAGUAGUUUCCUUUCACAACAUAGAUUUGCCACACACAGUAACAUAAGAUUUAAAGGUAAUUCUAUAGGUGUUUUGACUAAUUUCUGAGAAUACUGAUGAUUAGAUACAAACUAAGCCAUGGCUGUAAGUUAAGGGUAAAAAAGUAGUUCUAUGUGUGCCAUUUUGUUAACAUCCCUAGAGCAAGUAGGUAGCUUUAAAAAAAUGAAAAUCAUUUCCUUUCAUCUGGAAAACCAAACAUAGAAAAGAAUCAACACUUUAAAGAAAAAUGCAGAAAACCCCAUCUAUAAUUCUUCAUCAGUUCAUUCAUUCAUGUUUGUACAAAAAGAGAUUUAUAAAAAUCUAGGAAGAUGCAUGACCACAUGGUUUUCUCCCAAUAUGUAGGCUCUCUCCCCACAUUAUUGAUUGUUUCCUUUGCUGAGAAGAAGCUUUUUAAUUUUAAUUCAUCCAAUUUAUUGAUUCUUGAUUUUACUUCUUGUGCUUCAGGGAUCUUGUUAAGGAAGUCAGAUCCUAGGCUGACAUGGUGAAGAUUGGGGUCUCUGUUCUAAUGCCUAAGUCUUUGAUGCACUUUGAGUUGAUUUUUGUGCAGGAUAAGAGACAGGUUUAAUUUCAUUUUGCUACAUAUAGAUUUCCAGUUUUGCCAGCACCAUUUGUUGAAUAGGCUAUCUUUUCUCCAGUGAAUGAUUUUGUCACCUUUGUCUAGUAUGAAAUAACUGUAUUUACGUGGGCACCUCCAAUAAAGCAUUAAUCUCUAGGAUAUAUAAAGAACUCAAAAACUUAACACCAAAAAAAAAAAAAAACAAAUAACCCAAUCAAUAAAGGGCCAAGGACUUGAAGGGACACUUCACAGAAGAAGAAAUACCAUCAAUCAUCAAAUAUAUGAAAAAGUGUUCAACAUCUCUAGCAAUUAGAGAAAUGCAAAUCAAAAUUACACUAAGAGUUCAUCUCACUCCAGUCAGAAUGGCAAUCAACAAGAAUACAAGUAACAAUAAAUGUUGGUGAGGAUGUGUUGAAAAAGGUACACUCAUACAUUGCUGGUAGGAUGGCAAAUUGGUACAAUCACUCUGGAAAGCAGUAUGAAGAUUCCUCAGAAAACUUGGAAUGGAACCACCAUUUAAACCCAGGUAUCCCACUCCUGGGUUUAUACCCACAGCAUACUAUAGUGAUGCAGCCAUGUCAAUGUUUAUAGCAGUUCAAUUCACAAUAACUAAACUAUGUAACCAACCUGGGUGUCCUUCAACAGAUGAAUGGAUAAAGAAAAUGUGGUAUAUAUAUUUAAUGGUAUAUUUCUCAGCUUUAAAGAAGAAUGAAAUUAUGCCAUUUGCCAGUAAAUAGAUAUGGAGUUAGAGAAUAUCGUGCUAAGUGAAAUAAGCCAUUCUCACAAAACUUAAGGCCAAAUGUUUCCUCUAAUAUGUGGAUGCUAAUUUACA